AACUACAAUUAAAUACAUUUAUUGAGCCUGAGUUAGUAUGGAAGUGUGUGACAUGGUAGAUGUAACGGAUAUUAUCCAAAAGACUGAGGACACUCUGGAGAGUCUCUGGAACCAAUUUGAACUGUUCUGUCCCAAAUGUCUCCAUUUCAAGAUGGGACAGUGUAUCGCCUCCCUACUGCAACACGAGUAUUUGCUGAACACUGACUGUGAAGUUAUCAACAGUGUCUUCUUGCUCUGUCAAAUUGCACAGCCUCAGGAAUUGAACCCUUUUAACAAAGCCAUCUUCAACUAUGCUAACCGCAAACCUGUUGAUUCCAAAAUAACAGCAGCGAUAUACCUGAUCAACCUGCUACCGUUUUCUCAAAGCACGCUGUCCAGUACAACCACGCAGAUUCUACAAAACGUCAAACUUAUUGGUGCCCCACUGAAGAACUUUCCUUAUUCUCCCAAACCAGAUUGUAGUUUACCGAUAAUCUUGGACGAUCCAGAGAACGACUCUAAAGAAGAGAAGCACUACAAGGAAGUUUUAAGUCAACUGUUUGACAGUGACAUCCCUGACUCGGUGUUCCUUCCUCCUCUAGUGAGACCUCCUCCCCCUCUCUACUCUGAUUCUGAUGACCUGGUCUGGCUUUGUCCGAACGACAAUGAGUACUCUUUCGCUUGGGAGCCACACAUUUUUACCGAUAAAGACAAGCCUGAGGACACAAAGAAGCUGUUCAUUCUUGCUCAACGACAAGCUCUUGAAAGCUCGCAGUACGACCUAUUGAAACAGGAGCUGUAUGACAAGGAGGACUGUCUACAGAGCUUACCACUGUCUCCCUCCACCCUGCCUAAACUUGUGGACAAGAACCCCUCCCUAGCUGUGGACAUCCUCCUUCUCCUGGCACAGACUCAACAGUUUGCUGACUACCUCACUGUUCUUCUCAAUAUGGACCUCUCACUUCACUCAAUGGAGGUUGUGAAUAAAAUAACUGCAAAUUUAGAACUUCCCCCGCAAUUCAUCCACUUCUACAUACGGAACUGUAUAACCAACUGUACGGAGAUCGCUGAUAAAAACACUCAACACAGAUUUGUACGGCUGGUGUGUGUGUUUCUAACCGCUCUAAUACGAAACAGACUAGUAAAUGUUCAGGAUAUACUCAUUGAAAUACAGGCAUUUUGUAUCGACCACAGCCGAAUCCGUGAAGCUACCGGACUCUUCCGGCUUCUGAAGAGCCUUGACUCCAAAGAACUGAGUUAAAAUUGUUACUGUGAACUUAAGAACUAAACCAUUUUGUUUACGCUAAGGAGAAAAUUUGUAUCUGGUUUUGGAGACCAUGUAAAUCUGUUAAUAUUUUCAACUCCUUCUGAUCAA